UGGUAGUGUUUGUGUGCAUCAGUAGAGGGUGAACCAAACCUCAGCGCCCCGGAUCGUUGCUUCUCUGCCCCGCUAUGUCCGUGCAGCUUGUCACCGCCAAGAUGGCAGACGUGGAGCUCAAGGAGAACGCCAAGGAGAACCCUGCUGAGGCCCCGCAGAUACUGCCUGUGUCACCCGCAGAGCCUAGUCCUGCGCUCAGCCAGCCGCUCAAAGGAGCCCCGGCCUCGGCUCUCAAGCGGAGCGACCCGACCCAGCGCCCACGGGAAACAGGAGAGAAUGCGGUGAGCCCGGAGGGGGCGAUAAGCGAGGCUCCGCGCACAGUCAAGAAGCAGAUCCAGUUUGCCGACCAAAAGAGGGAAUUUAACAAACGUCCAACCAAGAUUGGCCGCCGAUCGCUCUCUCGAUCUAUUUCCCAGUCUUCAACUGACAGCUAUAGCUCUGCUGCUUCCUACACAGACAGUUCUGAUGAUGAGACCUCCCCACGGGACAAGCAGCAGAAGAACUCCAAGGGCAGCGGCGAUUUCUGCGUCAAGAACAUCAAACAGGCCGAGUUUGGACGCCGGGAGAUCGAGAUUGCAGAGCAAGAGAUGCCUGCCCUUAUGGCUCUGCGCAAGAGAGCGCAGGGCGAGAAGCCGCUGGCAGGCGCCAAGAUUGUGGGCUGCACUCAUAUCACAGCGCAGACAGCGGUUCUCAUUGAAACGCUGGGAGCCCUGGGAGCACAGUGUCGGUGGGCCGCCUGUAAUAUCUACUCCACCCUCAAUGAAGUGGCUGCUGCGCUGGCAGAGAGUGGUGUCCCAGUUUUCUCCUGGAAGGGCGAGUCGGAAGAUGAUUUCUGGUGGUGCAUUGACCGCUGUGUAAAUGUUGAAGGCUGGCAGCCUAAUAUGAUUUUGGACGAUGGUGGAGAUCUCACACAUUGGAUCUACAAGAAGUAUCCUAAUAUGUUUAAGAAAAUUAAGGGCAUUGUGGAAGAAAGCGUUACUGGUGUGCAUCGCCUGUACCAGUUAUCUAAAGCCGGAAAGCUGUGUGUUCCUGCCAUGAAUGUCAAUGACUCUGUCACUAAGCAAAAGUUUGACAAUCUGUAUUGCUGCAGAGAAUCUAUCCUGGACGGCCUUAAGAGGACAACGGACAUGAUGUUUGGGGGGAAGCAGGUGGUGGUCUGCGGCUAUGGAGAGGUGGGCAAAGGCUGCUGUGCAGCUCUAAAAGCUAUGGGUUCCAUCGUUUACGUGACCGAAAUCGACCCCAUCUGUGCACUGCAAGCCUGCAUGGACGGUUUCAGGCUUGUCAAACUAAAUGAGGUCAUCCGACAAGUGGACAUUGUCAUCACGUGCACAGGUAACAAGAAUGUGGUGACAAGAGAACACCUCGACCGCAUGAAGAACGGCUGCAUUGUGUGCAACAUGGGACAUUCCAAUACAGAGAUAGAUGUGGCCAGUCUGCGCACCCCUGAGCUGACCUGGGAGCGAGUCCGGUCUCAAGUGGAUCAUGUGAUCUUCCCAGAUGGCAAGAGAAUAGUUCUGCUGGCCGAGGGACGUCUACUGAACUUAAGCUGCUCCACUGUCCCAACCUUUGUGUUGUCCAUCACUGCGACCACACAGGCGUUGGCACUAAUAGAACUUUACAAUGCUCCCGAAGGACGAUACAAACAAGAUGUCUACCUGCUGCCUAAGAAAAUGGAUGAGUAUGUGGCCAGUCUCCACCUGCCUACCUUUGAUGCCCACCUGACGGAGCUGUCGGAUGAGCAGGCCAAGUAUCUUGGGCUCAACAAGAAUGGGCCUUUCAAACCAAACUACUACAGGUAUUGAGGCCGGCUGACCGCAGCCAGAAGUAACAGGAGAAUGGGGGAUAAUCUGAUGUAAAUGAUAAAACAACAUAAAGAAGCCUUCACAACCACUGUACAGCCAGGUCUUGUCUCACAUGAGAUGGGCUUUCUGCCAUAUUAGCUACAUCACCUUAGGGUAUUUAUUAAAAAGAAGCCGCCUAGAACAUUGUAAUUGCUGUCUCUGCCAGUCUGUGAACUGGCGCGGGGGGGUGUCCUUGUCCCCUCUAUCAUACCUUGUUCUUAGAGGCUUAUUGCGACCUUUAAAACACUGCACAUCCCAGUAUCUAUUGGGACGGGGAACAAGUUAACAAGUCUUGGGUUUAAGGAUACAUUUAUUUUUGGCUAACUUGUAUAUUUUUUCUUUUCUUUUUUUUUUCUUUUUGGAUGAAUGUCUUAAAUUGAAAAUCAUUAUUUUAUUGGGUUUUUUUGUUUGUUUUUUAACUGCUGAGUUUUUUCCCUUGUCAUUUUGACUGUGAAAUUAGUGUCCGGCUGCUGGGACGGCUCCUCUGUCACAUGACACUAAGGAACACUUCACUAAACUGUGAAAACCAUGAACCGCCGUAACUAGUCAUGUGAUCCAAUUAAAGCUCACUGACAACCCGUGAUGACUCUUCCCUCUAAGUUUUUACCAAUAAUUCCUAAGCCCCCUAGUUCCAAGAACGCUACAUUUCUCCUGGCGUA